UGCUGUGCCUCCAGGCUGGACUGGCAGUUCGAGGCAGCAUGGAGGGGCCCCAGAGCUCCACCCACAUCUCCUUGGUCCUGCUGCUGCUUCUGCUGCUGGGCGCAGCUUGGCAGAUAGCUGCCCAACGCUGCCCACAGACCUGCAUCUGUGACAACUCCAGGCGGCAUGUUGCCUGCCGGCACCAGAACCUUACUGAGGUGCCAAACGCCAUCCCUGAGCUGACUCAGCGGCUGGACCUCCGGGGCAACAUGCUGAAGGCGAUCCCUCCAGCUGCCUUCCAGGACCUGCCCUAUCUCACACAUCUGGACCUGCGGCACUGUCAGGUGGAGCUGGUGGCCGAGGGCGCCUUCCGUGGCCUGGGCCGCCUGCUCCUGCUCAACCUGGCCUCCAACCGCCUGCGCGCGCUGCCCCAGGAGGCGCUGGACGGGCUGGGCUCCCUGCAGCGGCUGGAGCUGGAGCGGAACAUGCUGGAGGAGCUGCGGCCCGGGGCGUUCGGGUCGCUGAGCGCUCUGGCCACGCUGAACCUGGCCCACAACGCCCUGGUCUACCUGCCCGCCAUGGCCUUCCAGGGGCUGCUGCGCACCCGCUGGCUGCGGCUGUCCCACAACGCGCUCAGCGUGCUGGCCCCCGAGGCCCUGGCCGGCCUGCCCGCCCUGCGCCGGCUCAGCCUGCACCACAAUGAGCUCCAGGCCCUGCCCGGGCCGGCCCUGUCCCAGGCCAGCGGCCUGGCCCGUCUGGAGCUGGGCCACAACCCACUCACCUACGUGGGCGAGGAGGACGCGCUGGCCCUGCCCGGGCUGCGGGAGCUGCUGCUGGACCACGGGGCCCUGCAGGCGCUGGGUCCCAGAGCCUUCGCCCGCUGCCCACGCCUGCACAGCCUCGACCUCCGAGGGAACCAGCUGGAAACGCUGCCCCCGCUGCAGGGCCCGGGCCAGCUGCGCCGGCUGCGGCUGCAGGGGAACCCGCUGUGGUGCGGCUGCCAGGCGCGGCCGCUGCUCCAGUGGCUGGCGCGGGCGCGCAUGCGCUCGGAUGGCGCGUGCAGAGGCCCGCGGCGCCUGCGAGGAGAGGCCCUGGACGCGCUGCGGCCCUCAGACCUGCGCUGCCCCGGGGACCCGGAGGAGGAGGAGGAGAAGAAGGAGGAGCUGGCAGCUGCCGGGCCCCGAGCCCCUCCGCGCGCCCCCGAGGGGAAGGACCGGGCGGUCGUGCCCUGCCCUCGCGCCUGCGUGUGCGUCCGCGAGUCCCGGCACAGCAGCUGCGAAGGCCGCGGCCUGCAGGCGGUGCCCCGCGGCUUCCCCAACGACACUCAGCUCCUGGACCUGAGGCGGAACCGCUUCCCCUCGGUGCCUCGAGCGGCCUUCCCCGGCUUGGGCCACCUGGUGUCUCUGCACCUGCAACACUGCGGCAUCGCAGACAUGGAGGCUGGCGCCUUAGCGGGGCUGGGCCGCCUAGUCUACCUCUACCUCUCUGACAACCAGCUGUCAGGCCUCAGCGCUGCUGCCCUGCAAGGGGCCCCACACCUUGGCUACCUGUACCUAGAGCGCAACCGCUUCGUGCAGGUGCCGGGGGCCGCACUGCGCGCCCUGCCAAGACUCUUCUCCCUGCAUCUGCAGGACAACAUUGUGGAUUGCCUAACACCUGCAGAUCUGAUGGGGACACAGGCCUUACGCUGGCUCUACCUGAGUGGAAACCGUAUCACUCGAGUGUCCCCAGGAGCGCUGGGCCCAGCUCUGGAGCUGGAGAAGCUGCACCUGGACAGGAACCAGCUGCGAGAGGUGCCCACUGGGGCCUUGGAGGGGCUGCCUGUCCUCCUGGAGCUAGAGCUCUCCGGGAACCCACUCAGAGCCCUGCGAGAUGGGGCCUUCCGGCCUGUGGGCAGGUCACUGCAGCACCUCUUCCUGAACAGCAGUGGCCUGGAGCAGAUUUCUCCUGGGGCCUUCUCAGGCCUGGGACCGGAGCUCCAGAGCCUGCACCUGCAGAAGAACCAGCUUCGGGCCCUGCCUCCCCUGCCUGGUCUCAGCCGGCUUGAGCUCAUCGACCUCAGUGGCAAUCCCUUCCACUGUGAUUGCCAGCUGCUCCCGCUGCACAGGUGGCUUGCUGGGUUGAACCUGCAGGUGGGGGCCACCUGUGCCACCCCUCCCACUGCCCGGGGCCAGAGGGUGAAGGCUGCAGCUGCCGUCUUUCAAGCCUGCACAGGCUGGGCUGCCAGGAAGGCCAAGCGGACACCUGCCUCCAGGUCCGGCUCCAGGAGAGCCCCCAUCAAGGGAAGACAGCCAGGGUCAGAAAAGGUUGGGAAGAAGAGGGGCCGCCUCUGAGCACAGAGCAGGCUGGUCCUGCCUCGACCCAGCCUAGUGGCUCUUACUCUCGUCUGAAAUGGGCUCUGAUGAGAUCUUCCCUGCAGCCUGCAGGUCGUCCUCCAGCAGGGGCUUCUUGGACCCCUGUCUGAGGGGCCGCGUCUUGGUCGGAGGGAUUCUUUUCCCUUUGAAUAAAAAUGGAUUCAAACCGAGCA